AUGGAUUCAUUCAGCCCAUUGACUGCCCGCAAGAUGGACAGAGCAGCUGCUUCAAGACAAAAGAGCUGCAAUGCCUGCGUGAGAGGGAAGCGCAAGUGCGACAAGAAGACGCCCCGGUGCACCCGUUGUGCGGCAAAAGGCCUCGACUGCGUUUAUCAGAGGUUGCCGCCAGGUACAAGCUUCCACGACGACGAUAUAUGCAUCGCGGACUCCUUGAACGACGUCCCUGACUUUGAUAUGGGCUUUGAUAUAAACAACUUAGGAGGAACAGCAACACAUUCUAGCGCCAGCAACACCUCACCAGACAGCCUUGAUAGAGUCACCACCACCUCGACGAUAGAUCUCGACUCUCCCCUUGACUUCUCCAUCAUAGACCAUCUCAUGGCCAACGACACAUCUGUUGGUUCUGAGCUAUGGAGUCUGGGUGACUAUGGCAUCAGCAGCAACAACAAACUGGGCAUACCUUCCAUACCAUCUAUGCCCACAACACAGGUCGUCAUUCGUGAUCUAGCUAUUUUUGAAAGCAUAGAACCCUGCAUGUCAGAUUUUAACCCCCUGGAUGUGUAUGAUCCUCGCUCUCGCGUCGGAUACACCGUCGAUGCCAUUACCAAUCUAUACCGCGACUUUGCAAAGACCCGUCGUCUCCCCUUUAUCCAUCCUCGUCUCUACGGCUCCAACCUCCCAAAAACACUAAUGGCAGCCUUCUCAGUGGCAUCCGCGUACUCUGCACGCACGCCAGAGAACAAGGGAUGGGUUUUCAAGCUCAUCGCUGACAUGGCCAAGGACAUCCACCGCGAGGGCGAGGGCGCUUCAACGCCGGCGGAGAAGUUGGCUAGGGUACAGGCCAUGGUUGUGUUGGACUCCAUACGUAUGUUUGACGGCGACGUGACGAUGAGGGCAACGAGUGAACGUGAGAUGUCACAGUUUAUGGCAUGGAUGUUUGCGCUUAAGGAGCUCGAGGAAGAGCUGAAAAUCGGGGACGAGCCAGCUGCUACCAUAUUGAAGGAGUCGCCACCAGAAAGCUGGGAGGCUUGGUUACUCGCCGAAAGUAUACGCCGAACUAUCGUCAUGGCAUUUGCUUUCGUAUGCAUGGUCAGUAUACUCAAAUCCAAUGAGCCACCUUGUGAAAUCAUGGCACCGAACUUUCAAUUCACAGCCUCGAAAUACCUAUGGGAGGCCGACUCUUCCAUGGCUUUCUUCCGUGCGUGGCAAACAAAGCCACAGUACCCGGUGCGGAACCUUGACUUUAAGGGUAUCUGGAUGCAUGCGCAGCCAGAGGAUGUCGAUGAGUUUACAAAACUAAUGCUAACUGCCCAAAUGGGCCCCGAAGCUAUUGACCACUUCAUGGUUGGCCGUGUGUACUAA